AUGGAAGAUCCGAUUUCCUUGUCUGCCGCAAUUGACUCCGGAUCUGAAGAGAGUCGCGUCUCGCCCGAUGAACGCGAGCUCGAGAAACAGCCUGCUACGGCUGUGCUGGUUAUUGAGACCGCAGAGACGACGACAAAGGUCAUCGUCACGGCUACCAGCACAGUGAGACUCGAGGAGACGGGCACGUCCUCUAGCGAAUGCAGCGAUGGCGACGACCUCGAUGACGGCGACUUUGAGCAGUGGAAACCGCGCGGACCAUUAAAACAGAACUCUGCGGCAAUUCCCCCGCUCAAUUCGCGAGUCCGGGAUGCGGCUGUAGAGAACACCAAGGCGGGAUCCAAUGCGCACGCUCAGGAGCCGAAAGACAAGGAGGAUAAGGUGGGGGUAGAUGUCAUGAGGAUAUGGUGUCGAGAUUUGAGUCCAUAUCGCAUGAUAUUCAUUUGGGCUGUGACUGUCGAUGAACUUCGAAGACACCGCAUGCACUGCCCUGAACAUCGAGGUCGCUCUAUCACCGUGCCCUUCGCCCCACAUGUGCAAGGCUUCCUCGCCAAAGCGUUCAAGCGUGUGCAGCAACCGGGACGGAUCGGUGCCUGGAACAGUCUGGCUCCAUUGCCCGCGGCUGUCUGCCAUGCAUCGAGGUUGACGAACGUUGACGAACAAAGCGUGGGCGAGCUGCCAGUUCUCGGGAACGGCGUAGCCCGUCGUGUCGGGGUCCUCAACAACGAAGUGCACGAUGUUGGCCACGCCACCACUGCCAAUGAACGAGUUGAUGGCGAGGCCGCCGUGGAGUUGAAUACCGAGGUUGACUCCAGUAAAGUAUCAUGGAAACAUACCGCAAACAUAGCGGGAGCCAAUUCGCCUGUAGAAUCCGUUGUCGACUUUCAUGCCAUGAGUCGGUCGCUCCUGGGCCAGGCCAUCAAUGCGCUGUGCAUACGUGAACUCGUUCCGCUUCUCAAUGCCGCUCCAGUCAAUCCGAUUGUCUUGCUUGAUCAAGGACAGAAGCAUGGAAGACGCGAGGGGCAACGCAGUGUCUCGCUCGAGAACUGGGACAUCCACAGACACAUUCCCCGCAUCGACGACAGACGCCACGAGAGCCUAAAGAUACACUCGGGACUAUGGGCGAAAGGACCUUCAGAAUGGUCUCUGAGUGAAGGCCCCAGAUAA